AUGGAAUUCCACAACGAAACAUCCACGAACCCCUCAAAGGAAACCACUGGCUUUCGCUGGGUCCUCACAAGCGAGGAGCGUUCAAAUAUUGCCAAAAUCCUCGAAAUCGAAGAGGACACCAUCAGCCAUGUAAAGGGAAAUGUCAUGUGUCGGGAACGUAUGCAGUGCGGUGGAUGUGGAAAGCUCUCUGGUUUGGACGAUUUGGUUCAUAAUGCUGUGACAGCUAGGGUUCAUAGUCGGGAUUUUAUCCUCGAGGUUAUGGCAGGUGGCCCUCAGACUCGAUUAUAUGCUCAUAAGAUGCAGUGUUCGAACUGCAGUCAUGGCUAUGAAGGUGUUUUUAUCAACUGGGGAGGGUAUAUGGAGUAA